AUGUUUUCCAACCUCGAACAAAUAACAGUCGAACGGACAUAUUCUGACGAAGACGAACCGAAGAAACUACCACAAAUAUCUAUUCCGUAUUUUCGAUCGCGACUUAACUCCAGCAGACGUUAUUCAAAAUUCCGCUGUGCUGGCAACGAUAAUCAUCUCCGCUCAUGGCAACAACGUGUUUGCGUUUUUAACAAUAUUUGCUAUAAUGUUAAUAAUCAACAUUUUGAAUAUUAUCGCUAUCCUCAAAUUCAACCCAAACCAGUAUUUUUUGAUGCCGCCAAAAGAAUGUUGACGGAAUUUAGUCCAAAUGGAGACGGCAAAGGAUUUGUGCUUUACUCAAUAUCUCGUACACCCCGAUGGCUGUUUACAUGGGCACCAUUUAUGAUCGACACAGCAGUUCCAACGGAAAACGUUACAAGACUAUCCAAUCUGCAUACUCUUUGGAAAGUUUCCACCAAUGAUUAUAAUAUUGGUCAUAUGAUUUGGGAAGACUUUUUUAUGAUAUACUAUGCAAUGGAACGAAUGCAAGAGUUCGAUGAUUCUAUUGUUAUUAUGCAUGCAGACAAAAUUCCUAGUCAUCCAUUAUUUAAAAAGCUUCAGAAAGAAAUUUUAUCGGCAUUAACACCUCGUCCAAUAGUCGAACAGAAAACGUACUUGUCGUCAUUUAAAACAAGAUACGUUUGUUUCAACAGAUUUAUUAUUGGUGGUUCAAUUCUUCUCUAUCAGCCCAGGAACACGGUUAUUCAUCACCGCGAUGUUGAAUCGUUGCUUUUCAAUUGGCGAACUAUGAUAAUUCAUCAUUUUAAACUUGAUCCCAAAUAUAUUCCGACAAAACAUCGCAUAACCAUAUCAAAUAAAACCGACUCGGCUUGGACCAGAGUUGCGCGACGUAAUAUUGCCAAUUUGAACGAUAUUGUUAAAUUUGUUAAACAAACGUAUCCCACUAUAGAAGUAAAUGUUGUUGUUUGGAAAAAGUUAUCUUUCCGCGAACAAGUUGAUAUUAUGUUAAAAACGACGAUUUUCAUCACGCCAUCUGGUGGUGUUUCAAUGAUGGCGCCUUUCCUUCCUAUCGGGGCACACAUCAUAACACCAGAUUUUUUAAGCGAUCGAGAUAUGCCCGGUUUCAAAAAAGGUGAGAGCGUGGCGCUAGAAGGAAACUUCUGGGCAUAUUGGCCGCAUGUACAUAAGGACUACUAUCAGAUUUUCUCACGGAAAGAACAAGUAUGGGAUUUUGCGAAUGCAGCAUACUCUCGAGAUGAAGCAUCUGUGAUUAUGAAUACGACUAGAUUGGGUAUGCUUAUAGACAAAGCACUCGAAGACAUGUCUCCAUGA